ACCAAUAACAACGUUGAAGAUACAUUUUUAGCCUAAAACGUGAUUUAAAACGUGGAAAACUGCGUUUUCUUGCUUUAAAUUGUUACUGUGUGAGAUGCUUCUGGUGUUUUAAGCAAGGUUCCUCAUUCCUACCAGGAUGGAUCUUGGUAAGGCGAAGCUGCUUAGGACAGGACUCAACACUCUGCACCAAGCUAUCCACCCUGUGCACGGGAUUGCAUGGACAGACGGCAAGCAGGUCUGCCUCACAGCUCUCUAUUUCAUCAAUGGUGAAGUUAAGUUUGGAGACACCAACGUCAUUGGGCAGUUUGAGCAUGUCUUUGGGCUGUUCUGGGGUCCCCUGUGCUGCUCCGACUCUCCUGCCCUGCUUGCUGUUCAGCACAAGAAGCAUAUUACGGUGUGGCAACUGCAGCUUAGUGCCCUUGAGCAGAACAAACUGUUGUGCACCCAGACCUGUGAGAUGAGCGAGCCUUUCCCUUUGCUCUCUCAAGGCUGCGUAUGGCAUCCUAAACUGGACAUUCUGGCCGUGCUGACAAAGAGAGACACAUCCGUGCUGUUUUCUGUCAGAGUGGACAACAGGAGGAUCAAAGCAGAUAUCAAAGGUGGUGGACUCAUUCAUUGUGCUUGCUGGACUAAGGACGGCACACGCCUUGUAGUGGCUAUAGGCAGUGCUCUUCAUUCUUUCGUCUGGAAUGACAUCCAGAAGACUUUAGUUGCCUGCUCCUUUUGCCCCAUUUUCGAUGUGGGGGGCUACAUCUGUGCCAUUGAGGCCACAGGGGAGGCUCAGGUAGCCGUGGCUACAGAGCUGCCACUUGAUAAAAUAUGUGGGUUAAAUGCUGGCUUAGCUUUUGACAUACCAACAGAGACAGAGCCAGGGCAUGGCUCACAUGUAGUCAUGUCAGAUGAUGAUAGUGUUCUGGACUCGAGGAGGAGAUCAUUUGAAUCAGAGAGAUCUUACAUCCCCAGCUCAGGCCCUCUUGAUCUUACCCAUCUGCUGGCGAGACACCGUCGCUCUGACCCCAGCCCGCUUAUCCAUUUGCGUCGCCGGGACACAAUGACAGGCUCAGGCCAGGACUGCUCACACCUUGUUCUGGUUACCUAUGAACGAAAGGUCACUACCACCCGCAAAGUCAGUAUCCCAGGGAUAUUGGUCCCUGACAUUGUUGCUUUUGAUCCACGUGCCUCCACUGUUGCAGUGGCUUCCAACACCUGCAACAUGGUUCUUGUGUAUUGCAUCACAGCCUCUGCAAUGCCGAACAUCCAGCAGAUCUCUCUGCAGCAGAACGACAGACCCAAAGGAGUCUGCUUCCUCAGUGACAAGGUGCUGCUGAUGAUGGUGGGCAGACAGAAGUCCACCGACCCCGCCUUCCUCCCAUCUUCCAACACUGAUAAAUAUAUUCUUCGUCUCAUAGCCAAAGAGUUGAUUUAUGAUGGAGGGACACCCAUUGCACCAUCCCCCUCUGCUCACAACCAUGAGUCUUCUGCUAAUUUGUGCGCAGGGAUUAGGAGGCACUCAGAACACCUGUCAAAGGAUGACAGAGAGCGCCAAGGGAUAAAAGACUUGGUGUUGCCCGGAAGGGGAGUAGUUUGUUCACCAGGGAACAGACGGAGGCUGAUUGAGGAGGUGAGGAGUGGCGAUCCCAGCCCCGUCACCAGCUCCGUGGACUUCUCCGACCGAUCAGACAGACCCCUGUCUAGUACCUCCUCCAUCACGGUGGAGAAUUUUGACAUGGACCACGUCAGCCGAAUGGCCAGCCUGGCAGUGGCCGGCCAGCCCAGCAGGGAUUCCAGUCGGGCCAGUUCUCCUCGCUUCGAACCGUCAGACAAGACUCACACAGAAACAACGCUUCCUGUGCCAGAAAAGGCAUCCAGCCAGGCCAAGGAGCGUGCUCUGGAGCAGCUAGUUGUCAACAUGGAAAGACUUUUUACACGCUUUGCAGAUGUACAGCAGUGCCUGACAGAAAUCAGAGAUUAUACGCAGAAUGGGAAGAAGGCUCAGAGUGGCUACCCCACUGCCAGCGAACCCCCAUAUGUCAACAUCACAUGCCAGAGGCAGCUAUCAGAAAAUGUGUUCAUCGAUGAGAGGAGGCCGGUGUUGCUGUGUGACGGAAAGCUGUGUCUACGUGCCCUCCAAGACCUCUUCAACUUAAGCAUUGUGGAGAUGCUGUACGGACCACUGUGGAUUGUACUAGUGGCAGAUGCGGAUGGCUUUGUGCCUCUGAUGUUUAAACCCAAAGAUGAACUCACAGUGCGGAACGGGAAAAGGAAAUCUCCCCUGCGGACUCCUGGAAGUCCAGAGAACUCUUGCCCAUCCAGUCCAGCACCCAGCCAAAGCCCCACCACGAUGGCUGCAGAGACCACUACAUAGUAACUCUUGCCUCACACCUCAGUGUACGGACUCAUUAAGAUGUAUUCCGAAUCAGAGGAUCAAAAUCAGAGGAAAUCUGAUGUGUGAAAUUAAGAUUUUACUCCUAAAAUGUUUUGAUUUAGCCCAUUGGUGUUACAGUUUUAAUUAAACUGCCCUGUAAAAAUAAAGAAUGUGUAACAUGUUGAAGAUAAAAAAGCACCUUUAACAAAUCUUGUCACAAGAGGGGGCAACACUC